ACAAGCGAACUGGACUGGGAAAACAGCAACCGAACAUCAUUCCCCAUUUCGAGCUAAAUUUGAGCAACCAGGAAAAGAACACAGCGGCAAACCAUGCCUUCGGCUGCAACCACCACAAUCACCAACGCCACCGCCAGCAACAACAAUAGCAAGGAUAAACGCGCCUCGGUCAGCUCGAUUGGUGGGGGCAGCGGUGGCGGAAUUGCACACGGUGUAGCUGCUUCUGCUGGCGACGGAGCCACCAUCAAUGGCCAGCACGCCGGCAGCCGCGGCAAUUUGGCCGCAGCCCAGCCGGCCGAUGGCAGCCAGUCGGAUCUGGCCAACAACAAUGCGAGCAACGGAAGCACGAAGGCGCUAAAGUCGGCCGCUGCUGCCGCUACCCCUGCCGGCGUCGCCGUGACCGCGGAGCCGUACAAUCCGCUCAAGCAGAUGCUGGUCACCAUCGAGCACAAAAUCCGGAACCUGGAGAAGCGCAAGACAAAGUUGGAAUCAUAUCGCGCCAUUCAGAGCAGCGGCAAGGAAUUGAGCGGCGACCAGGCCUCAGCAGUGGCCAAGUAUGAUGCAGUUCUGGCCAAUCUGGAGUUUGCCCGCGAGCUGGCCAAGCAGAUGCAGCAGCAGUCCAAGGAGGCCGAAAAGGAGCAGAAAAAGCAGGCCCGCAAGGACAACCAGGCAAAGACGCUGGCUGAGACGGCCAAGAUCCGUGAGGUUCUGAUCAUUCAGAACGUGCUCAACUGCUUCAACGAUGAACAAGUGCGCAACGAUUUUCUGGCCGGCGAAAAUGGAGCGAAAAAGCUGGAAAGCAGUGAGCUGGAAGUUCUGGAGAAAUUCUGCCUGGAGACGCAAACUCGUCGCCCUGAAACCGCUGACGAUGUCAGUUUCAUUGCCACUGCCCAGAAGUCAGCUGAACUUUUUGCUUCGACCAUCAAUGCCCGACCCAAGACCUUCGGGGAUAUGACGUUCGAGAAGUUGCGUGGGCUGUUCCAGCAGAUCCAGGACAGCGGCUACUUGGACAAGUACUAUCAGGUCGAGAAUGCGGUGGCCAAUAGCACGGACAGUGGCACUGGAAGCGGCGAAGGCGAUGGCGGCGUUGACUUGCUGAACGAUGGCUCUGGCGGGGAUCUAGACACUGAGCUGCCAUCGGAGCCAUCGGCUCGUAAUUCUCUAGAGGAAGGUCUCGACAAAUUGCAUCUUGGAGGACCACCGGAACUAGAGCAGCAGCAUUUGCCACAGCAGCAGCAGCCAGAGCGUCCGGGGGGCCAUCUUCUGUUGGAGCAACAACAGCAGCAUCAGCGUGCUCCUCUUCAUGAGCAACAGCAGACCCUGGUGGUGCAGCAGCAGCAGCAACAGCUGUCGCAGGUUUACCAAGCUGCCCCUCCAGCUGGGGGAACCACCACCCCUGUGCAUGUCCUGUAUGCACAAGCACCGCGUCCACAGCAACAACAGCAGCAGCAGCCGCCGCAUCCUCACCAGCUGCUGAGCAGCCCCGUGAAUCUCCAGGCUUUGCAGACGGGAGGUGCUGCUGGUGCAGUUCCUCCUCAGCCGCCCCAACAGCAGCAGGCGCAUCCGCCUCCGCUUCACUUUGCUCCGAGUGUGCGGGCCGUGGAACAGAACUAUUUUAAACCGGGGCCGCCACAUCCGCAGGCUGCAGCACCCACACCACAACAGCAGCAGCAACAGCAAUUUAUGCAACAGCUGCGCCCCUUGGCGGAGGUAUUGGGCGGCACAGGAAGCUUCCUUUUUCUGCAGGACAGUGAACUGGACAAUCCUGAAGGCCUAGCACCACAGCCGCCCAACCCCAACAAUCAGGGAUUGGUGUUUGAUGCCCAGCAGCCGAACCAUGUCGAUGAACCACCGCAAGCCAUACAAACGCUGACCUUUACCAAUCAGUCGUUUCCCUCGCAGCAGCAGCCGAAGCAGGCUCCUCCACCCCAGCAGCAGCAGCAGCAACUCUUCUCCCCGGUCCUGAUCCACGACCAGCGCCAACAGCAGCAGCAGCAGCCCCAACCCAUGCUGAUCAUGCCGCGUCUGCCAGCCCAACAGCCCGCUCCUCAGGGAAUUGGCAUGCAGCCUGGCGAUGUGACCUCAGUCUUUCCAUAUGACGGACCAGUGGUUACCUACGACCAGCGGAUCCAGCAGCAGCUGAAACAGCAGCAGCAGCAACAACAACAGCAACAGCAACAGCAGAUUCAGCAGCAGCAACAGCAGCUGGAUGAGCCGUCGCCUGGGAACACUGCUCCUAAUGCUGGUGGAACGGCUGGCAACGAUGUGGUUUUAGAGAACAAUGAAUGGCGCAACAAUGACACAAACACCGCCGCCACAGUUGCACUCACCAAUGUCCUCAAGGGAGGUGAGCCCACGCCACCGGCACCGCCCACCAAGUGGAGCUCGGAGAUGAAUGCCAUGAGCAGUGCGGCAUCCAACGGUAGCAGCAGCAACACCAGCCACAAGCAGGAGUGGGCCGCGCCCAGGGACAACAGUGCUGGCGGCGGUGGUGGUGGCAACGGAGGAGGUGGAUACGCGGACAACGAGGGUGGCAACAACCAUUGGAACUCGCAGGGCGAUGGCCGUCGUAAUUCUGGCAAUUAUCAGCGUCGCAGCGGUGGAGACCGGGAUCGUGAUCAGGGUACGCGUGGCGAUGACCGGCGCAACGGAGGCGUUGAAAGAGGAAACUAUCGUUCGCGUCAAUAUGGUAACUCCUCGAACCAGAAUGGACGCAAUUCCGGCGGUGGUGGCGGUGGGGUAUAUUUCCGCAACAAUGACACGGGCAAUGGAGGUGGUAACAACUACUACCAGAACGGAGGAAACGGUGGCGGCGGGGGCAAUGGCCCGUACAACAAGGAGUCCCGCUACGAGUCCUCCGGCGGAAGCUAUCGGGGCCAGCGUGGCGUCAAUCAGCAACGGAAUGGCAACGGUUCUUAUGGCGGUGGCAGGCCCAUGGGUGACCGUGGAGGACGCGGCGGCGGAGCGGGCAACCAGGGCGGUGGCUACAUAAGCCGCCAGAACCAGACACAGCAGCGCAUGCCCCUUGGAUUGGAGAAUAAAAACUGAGCAGAAAACAAUACGUAUUAACAGAAAAAAAGCAACAACAAACAAGAAAACAAAAACAAACAUCAACUUCAUUCGAAAUCCACACACAACGGAAACCAAUCAUCAGCAUACAGCAAACAAAUAAUGGCCACGUAGACGUACAAUUAUCGUUACGUUGAAAAGGCGCAGAAACUCUCAACCAGAAUAUAAAUGGGAUUCUACAAUAAAAUAAUACGAGAAUCCCUUGGAAAGCAAAGGGAAGGCAAAAGAAAAUGAAGGAGCGGCGGAAAACCGAUUUGCACGUAUUUUUUAAUACAACUUACAAUUAAAUUUCCCCUUUAAUUAUGGUUUAUUUAAAUAAUGUAUUAAUAAUAAAACAAAAUAGUUGUUAGAAACACACACACACAAGGACUACAACUGCAUAUACAGGAAGGCAAGCACUCGCUCUAAGGGUUUCUAAAACUCUCAAGAAAAAACAAAAACGAAAAUGAUGAGCAAAAAGUACAUAACUCCUCCUCGCCCGACUUCACUCUAUACUUAUCCCUGUUGAAGCUGGACAAGCGAUAAUUACCAGAUGCGUCGAGAGAAAUGAGAAAACAUGAAAAGUAUUUAUACGUCUUAGCAAUUAAAUUAAACGAUUCUGAAAACAAAAUACAAACCAAUUACUAUUACCUAUAUAUAUAAACGAUGGAUAAAUAUAUAUAUUUAUAUAGUUUGUGCUCCACACUGUCAUGCUCUAACCAAUAUAUUUUAACACCUUUUUGUUUUUUUUUGCCAAACUACACAAAACACAAACGAAAAAAAACAAAGAAAAUACAAUACAAAAACCACUUAUGAUGAAAAAAAAUAAUAGAUGUAAUUAUAAGAUUAUGUGGAAUGAAGAGGCAGCAGCAGGCACACGAAACAGUGAGUGUGAGUGCGAGUGCAUUAUAAAUGAAAUGAAAAAAACGAUGUAUUUGCAAAAUAGUACAUACAACAUUAAACAAAAUGAUAAAAAAAAA